ACUGAGGCGCAAUAUUUGUAAAUCUUCACACUUUGUCUAUUGUUUUCUUUCUUGUAAUGUCCACCCGAAGAUGCAUUGGUGAUAUCACUCCCCGGUGGCGAUAGAUUCAACGAUUUAACCGAUGUUUCUACGACUAGCACAAGAUAAUUUUACUGUUCGAGCCUCCAUCUACUGGAUUUUCACUGAUGCAAACGUUUCGAAGUCAAGAAGCUGUGGCGGGGAUGAAAUGUGUGAUUCAUUUGCUUUGAAUAUUUGAGCUUUCCUCCAUAUAACUUGCAGGUUUUUGGUUGCGAGUUCUGCAUAACGGGACAACAAGAGACCGAUAUGUUCAUGUGCGAACUCAAAUACAAGCAAACAACACAACAUGUCAUAGGAUAUGAAUGUUCAAUCCCACGAAAGCAAGAGACGAGGUUUGUCUACAACAACUUUGGCCAAGCAGGUAAUCAGCUUCACCUUGAUGGUGGUGCAAGAAUCCUUCCACGCGGUGGUGUCCUGCAGCUGACAAAUGCAACUCUUCGCCAAAUGGGUCAUGCUUUCUUCCAGCAGCCGAUUGAUUACAUAUCAUCUGAAUCUGUCUCGUUCUCGACACAUUUUGUGUCUGCACUGCUCCCUGCAGGUGAGCCGAGUGGCCAUGGCAUGGCCUUUGUUGUGUCUCACUCUACGGAUUUUAGUCACGCAGAGGCAACUCGAUACUUGGGGGUUUUCAACACAUCCUCAAAUGGAUCUAUUUCCACACGUGUGUUGGCCGUAGAGCUUGAUACUUCUCUGGCUCCGGAGUUGGGAGACAUCAGUGAUAAUCAUGUUGGGAUUGAUGUGAACAGCGCUGAGUCUGUGUUAUCUGUCAACGCUUCUUAUUUUUCAGACAAAAAAGGGAGGAUGAUUGACAUAAAACUCUUGAGUGGAGAUCCUAUCCAGGUUUGGGUGGAUUAUGAAGGAACAACACUCAAUGUUUCUAUGGCUCCUAUUGACAACCAGAAACCAAGCCGGCCUCUUUUGUCAUCAACAUCCAUCAAUCUUACCAAGAUUUUGCAAGGUAGAAGAAUGUUUGUUGGGUUUUCAGGUGCAACCGGGUCAAUCAUGAGCUACCAGUACAUACUCGGGUGGAGUUUUAGCAAAAGCAUGGCGUCGCUGCAGAACAUUGACAUCUCAAAACUUCCCAAAGCUCCUCGUACGAGCAGUAAAAAGAAGCCUACAUCUCUGGUGCUCGAUGCUCUGCUUGGUUUAAUAGCUUUCUUAGUUUUGGGGCUUCUUAUUGGAGCUUAUUUGUAUAGGAGAAACUUGUAUGCUGAAGUAAGGGAGGAAUGGGAAAAAGAGUAUGGUCCACUCAGGUAUUCCUACAAAUCUCUAUACAAAGCAACGAAAGGGUUCAGUAGGAACGAAUUUCUUGGGCGAGGAGGUUUCGGUGAAGUCUACAAAGGAACUCUCUCCCGGAGCAGAGAACUGAGAGAAGUGGCUGUGAAGAGAGUAUCACAUGACGGUGAGGAAGGUAUGAAGCAAUUUGUCGCUGAGAUCGUGUGCAUGAGGAGUUUAAAACACCGGAGCUUGGUUCCACUUCUUGGGUACUGCAGGAGGAAACAUGAGUUAUUACUGGUCUCUGAGUACAUGCCAAAUGGUAGUCUUGACCACUACUUGUUUAGUCAUGAGAGAUCGACUCUCCCUUGGUGGAGAAGACUUGCGAUCCUCAAAGACAUAGCGUCAGCUCUUAGUUACUUGCAUACAGAAGCUGACCAAGUUGUUAUACACAGAGAUAUCAAAGCUGCUAACGUUAUGUUGGACGCGGAGUUCAAUGGAAGGUUGGGAGAUUUUGGUAUGUCCAGGUUAUAUGACAGAGGGGUUGAUCCAACCACAACAGCCGCAGUGGGAACUGUUGGUUACAUGGCACCUGAGCUUACAACAAUGGGACCUUCCACUGGAACUGAUGUUUAUGCGUUUGGUGUUUUCUUGCUUGAAGUAACUUGUGGAAGGAGACCUGUGGAACCUGGCUUGUCGGCUGCGAAACGUUUUCUGGUCAAAUGGGUUUGUGAAUGCUGGAAAAGGUCUUCUUUGAUUGAUGCUAGAGAUCCAAGGUUGACAGAAUUCUCAUCCCAAGAAGUCGAGAGGGUUCUGAAACUCGGUUUGCUCUGUGCAAACCUUGCUCCAGAUGCAAGACCGUCCAUGGAACAAGUGGUACAAUACUUAAAUGGAAACCUAGCUUUACCUGAGUUUUGGCCAUAUUCUCCAGGAAUUGGAGUUCUCACUCCAAUGGCACUUUCACCAGCACCACCCGCGAUCCCUUCACUAUCACUGUCUUCUUCCUCAUGCAACAGCUCUAUGUUUAUUACUCACUCAGUCCUCUAUGGGAGUGGACGAUGAAAGUUUCUAACAACUUCCCUCUUCCUUGCCCUCUCAAUACUGGCUGGUUUUGAACCAUUCCCACUCGAUUUUGUUACAUCAAUGUAUAUGCUUACACUAUGUCCAUUCUUGAUAUUCUCCAUCAAGCUUGACUGGUAGAACGAUAGAAAGGGACUGAUUUUUCGUGUAAACUCUUGCAAUUGUAAAGCAAUUAGUUGUCACUCUUUAUCCAAAACAUGAGACAGCAAUAGAUUAAAGAUACUCAAUCAACUGUCUGUUGUUCUGUAAUGUGAAAGCUGAUACAAAAUCUGGUUACGAAAUUGUUUUUUUUUUUAAGUGUUCGGUUAUGUCGGAAACCUGACAAACAUCAAUGACAAAAUUG